GGGAGUACUUAAUAAGAGAGCAAGAGAGAUUUUCAAUGAUCUUUUGCCUCAAUAAUUAAAUCUUAGUAAAGUGAAAAAAUAAAAUAAAAAACCGAUGUCCUAACCUAAAACGUAAAGUGCUCGCCAAAUGAAAAAAAGUUUUACAGAAGGCUUGCACGCGCACUACGCAGCCAAUAAAACAGCGAGUAGCAGUAACUCUCUGUGAAAUCCAAACAAGCAGUUGACCCUUCUGCAAGCUCAGGUUGACGCUUCCUUUGCUCGCAUUUGCUUCUGUGUUUCUGUUCUCUUCUUCUUAAUCUCUCUCUCAGGUAAAAGAGGAAGAAGAAGCAGAAGACACCUGUUUUGUAGACUCUGUAGAUCCAUCGAGAUCCGCCGCAACGCAAUCGCCCACAGAAAUUUAGAGCUUUCUAUUUUCGUCACAUGCCAAUUUCAAUCUUUGUCUUACUAGUAGUAAAAAAGUGAAAUUGCAUAUAUGUAAUUAUUAAUUCGCGAGGAGGAGUUAAUAGUAAAAAGAAAGAGAGAAGGAAAUGAAUUAAAGUGAGAAAAAGAGAAGGAGAGAGAGAGAGAGAUGAAUGUGAGCCAUGCGUCAGUUCAUCCUGUGGAAGAUCCUCCGUCGACCGACGGUGGAAACAAUAAUAACAACGCUCCGAGAGUGAGGAUGAAGGAUGUACAAGGCAUGCCUGGUACGAAAGGUGGUCUCGCUUUGCGAGUUUUUCAAUUUAUCUUCGCUGCUGCGGCUCUUGCUGUUAUGGCCACCACCAGUGAUUUCCCUUCCGUUACUGCUUUCUGCUACCUCGUCGCAGCUGCUGGUUUGCAGUUUUUAUGGAGCAUUAGCGUAGCUAUUGUCGACAUUUAUGCUCUCUUGGUGAUGCGCUCCUUGCAGAAUUAUCGAAUUGUCAGCUUAUUCGCUGUUGGUGAUGGGAUUACAUCGACUCUUACAUUUGCUGCGGCUUGUGCUUCUGCUGGCAUCACUGUCCUUAUUGAUAAUGAUCUUGAUAGCUGUUCUGAUAAUCACUGUGUGCAGUUUGAAACUGCUACAGCCAUGGCUUUCAUUAGCUGGUUCACUGCAUUACCAUCUUUUCUCCUGAACUUUUGGUCACUGGCAUCAAGAUGAGAAAAGGAAAAACAACUGUAAAAUUAAAAAAAAAAAAAAAAAAAGAUUGAUGACACCAGCCAUUUGUGACAGCAACCCAAUACAUGUUCUUGUUUGAUCUCUUUUGCCUGUUGUGUACUCCAAUCCUCAAACACGGAACUUGGUUCUCUUCCUUAAUUUGUGAAUGUUUUUGUAAAUUAGGAUUGCAACGUAAAUAUUCAGAGGUUUAUUUGUAGUACACAGUCCAUUGUCUAUUACUGAAGAAAUCAGUUCGUUUGUCACUUAAAAUUUAGACGUCCAAAGAAGGAUUUCUGAAAUGAAACAGUAUGCCAUUUGAAGAA